ACGGAGUUGAAAGAAAGCCGAGAACGUGCGACGAAAGCAAAUGACGGUAAUAACUUUAGAACUAAAUAACGUGACGUUUGGAUCGCAUGCUGUGAACUUCAAAAGUUAUGUUCUGGUGAAUUAUCCAUCACUACAACUUUCAUCCCAUGCGUUGCAUAAAUGACUAAUCACUUUGCCAUGGGGCAACAUCAUUUUAUUUAGCUCUGUUUGUCUUCCGCAGAGUCUUCAGAAGUCAGCAUGCCUCUAUUAGUAGGUGUCUGCUGGUGCUGUUUGCAUUGUGUGUAUGUGUGUGUACACAGGAGUCAUUUCAUGGAUGGCUUGCCUUUGCACACACACACACACACACCAGUUGGCAAGUGAUCCCUAUAUUCUGAAGCUCUCUGCUUCAGAAUGAAGCAACACGACAACACUCAAGGACUUAAUAAAACAGAUAUUUUGAACACGAUCCCUUAAUAAUAAAUAGUCCCAUAGAGCUGCUGUCAUUCUUCAAGGCACAGUUGUUCCACUGUUUAACAGAUGAAGAAGAAUGAGCACCAGCCAUAAAGGUGUUUAUGAGUGAGGUCUGUGCCAUAUCUCAGUCCUUAUCUGCUGACAUCACUUAGAUAGGAGCCCAUGACUGUGAUUACUCAGCCAUAAAAAAAAAAAAAAGACAAGACAAAGCACGAAGGCUAAAAAAAAAAAAAAAAAAAAAAAAAAAAAAUGGAGAUAGUAUGAAGAAGGAAAUCAAGUACAUGCCCAGAAGAAGGCAGGUCAAAAAUCUCAAACGGCCACAGAGAUUGGUGUUACCUCAGCUGGUACAAAUCAAAUCAACCUUCCGAGUUAGUGUCGUCAUAUGUCGCAUCCCCAGUCAGUCCGUCCGGGAUUUCACGAUUGUAGAAAUGAAUGCAAAUGGACAAAACCUGUCCCUAACAAGUCCAUACAAAGAACAUCAGAGAAAGGAGACCGAGAUACCCCACCUUUCAACAAGGCUUCUAUGAGGAGGAUGUUUCAUUACUCAAAUAGAUAGAGGAUGUGUUCUUCUUAUGAGAAGCUGCACAAAGACUAUCUUCCCCUUCCACCCACCCGACAAUGUUCUGGAAUUCUACUGCACAGAUUAGAAAUAAUGGUCCUGAAGAGGCUUUAUAUCGACAACACAGAUGACCGUCGCGGUGGAGUAAAAUCGAUUGUUCUCACCAUAGCACAGCAGGAACCUGUCAGCUUUGGAAAGCUGUGUUCUGCAAGGUUGACUGGUUUCACAAAAUCAAUACCAGCCAACAAGAAGCACUAGCUGUAUUCAGAGCUGUUUCUGGAUCACUGAAUCCUGAUUCACCGAUCGAUGCUCGGAGACAUCCACCAAUCCACUAGUGGACUAAAAAAAUUAAUUAAAAAAAAAAAAAAAAAGAGACUGAAUGGUGUAUUUGGUGACUGUCAAUGAUAAGUAGUUCUGCUUGCAAAUCCAACACUUUUCCCUCUCAAGCAAAACACUAUAGUACGAUAAAAUAGCCCAUACCUCUUUCAAAUGUCUGAGAGGCAGAGUGGCCUUUGACAAUCAAGCAGGUGUUAAUGCGGAGUGUGACUAUCCCGAAAAGGCAGACCUAGCUCUCGUUUGAUAACUACUAAUAGUGCAGAGAGUCAAAAUGCUCAUGUUGAUACUGCUGCAGUGCGUGGGGGUGGGGGGUGGGGGGUGGGUGUAGGUGGGUGGAUAGUGAGGGGGUUGAUAAGACUUUAAAAAGGCAUAGUCUUGACCAGCUCAGCUCAAGUGGUGGGAGGAGUGGCAACCGCGGUUACAUCAUGUCACUGCGUAGUCCCUCACAGCCAUCGUUAUCAGACCUUCAGCAAACAUUAGAAGCAAAAGGAUUAGCUCCGGUGCAUCGUGGAUCAAGGAGAAAGGCACUGAAUGGCACCCAUAGCUGGGUAUCAAAGAUGGACUGGGAUAUGCAGAAAGCUCUAGUGCCCAUAGUAGACACAGUCAUCAUGGUGAUUGGACUGCUGGGCCACUCGUUGGUAAUCUUCAUCUUGGUAAGGAGGAGGCGGAAGACAGCGUCUCGGACUUUUCACGGGACUGAUACACUACUACUGGCCUUAAGCACAUCGGACAUGCUGUUGCUACUCUCUUUGCCGUUCCACACAGCUGCAAUCGCGCUGGGCAAUUGGCCUUUCGGGAGCUUCCUAUGCAAAGCAGUCAGCUUCCUAGGGGUGGCCUGUAACACCGUUAGUGUGUUCACGCUAGCUGCACUAGCAGUAACACGCUAUCUCACAGUGGUGCACCCAACCUGGGCGUACCGCUCCAGGAUGAAGCGCUGGCUUCAAGUCUUGGCAGUUCUGCUUUGGGCACCAGCUAUGGCGUUGGCUGCUCCACAAUUUGCUUUCCGCAACGUGGGCACGUAUGCCACAACACACUGCUUUGCCUUCCUCAGUGACAUCAGCCAGGUGGUCUACAGCACCGCCCUCUUCUUAUUCAGCUUCGUUCUGCCUCUACUGGUCAUCAUCCUCAUGUAUGCCAAACUCUACAGUUUCCUGCGUAGGACUAGCAUGCGGGGGCACGCUUUGCAGUUGCAGCGCUACCAGAAGCAGGUGACCCAAACCACAGCCUUGCUUGUUGUCGUGUUCACAGUCUGCUGGCUACCUUCCUAUAUCGUCAUGUUCUGCCGAAUUGGCCAGAGUGUCACCAGCACAAACAGGCUCCGCUCCCUAGCACUCUUGGCACGGUUAAUGGCCACAUCAUCGUCCAUGGUCAACCCACUGCUGUAUGCUUUCGUGUCACGGAAGUUCCGCCGGGAGCUGUUGGGCAAGGCGCGGUGUGCGGACUGCACGGUAUUACGCGGACUCGUGUGUUGUCCAGAGAGAAGCAGAGACAUUGUACAGCCCUUUAACCCUGCAGAACUGGAAACCCCACAGCCAUAAUGGAAGCAAAAAGACAGUGACUUUGAAACCUCGAUCUGUGAUUAAGAUCGAAAGAAUCUUGCGGGAUUUUUAAACCAGUAGCCGACCGAAGACGUCAAGCGGCGGACCGGGAUUUCAGUUUUUACAACAGAGCUGUAUUAGGAAACCAUAAAAGAUGGAAGAGUGCAUCAGCUUCAUAUUUUUAUCCACGAAUGAGUCAGGUUUUAAUGCGUUCAUAUCAUUGACAACCUUGUUUUUUUCUCCCCC